AUGGAAAACGGAGGAGUCAGCUUCAUUAGUAGUGACUCAGCAGCAGCAGCAGCUGCUGCUGCUGCUGCAGAUGCUGAGAUUGAUACAAUCAAAGCAGCGGCGAAUUCAGCUGCAGCAGCAAAAGCAGCUGCAGCUGCGGGUACGAAGACAGAUACAACAAACACAACUGCAACAGCAGCAGCAACAACAACAGCAGUAUCAGCUUUCGCAUCACAAGCAGUUGAGUCAAAUGCUGCAACAGCAGCAGCACCAGCAGGAGCAGCAGUGGACUUCCACUUUCUCCCUGCUUCAAGCCCCGCCUUGCCUGCGCUGUGCAAAAGUGAAGAGGGGGCGUCAUUGGAGUCUCUGGGGGCCACGACUUGCUGCUGUGGCAGCAGCAGAAGGUGCAGCAGCAUCAGCAGCAGCAGCAGCAGGUGCUGCUGCUGCUACUUGCCCCCCCCACUACUGGUAAGCUGCUUGCACACUGCAGCAGCCGCUGCAGAGGUCAGAGCCUUCUUCUCCCGCUUUGGCCCCAUACGCACUUUAUGGCUUAACUCGGGGUCACCCCGUCCGCCCCAUUUGACGGGGGCUCCCCCAAUGACGGGGUCCCCCCCAGGACUGCUGCCAGAGGGGCUUGCUGGGGCCCCUUCGGGGGCCCCCUUGGGGGUCCCCUUGAAACCUCCCUUGGGGGCCCCCGUGGGGCCCCCCUUGAAAGCUCCCUUGGAAGCCUCCUUGGGGGGCACCUCGGGGGCUCCCUUGGGAGCCACCUUGAAGGCCCCCUUGGAGGCCCCAGUAAAGGCUGCAUUGGGGGGCCUCUUGGGAACCUCCUUCGGGGGCCCCUUAGGAGGCCCCCUCAAGAGCAUAAAGGCUUGUUCGCAACUCCACAAUGGCAGUGGCAUUGUAUGGUAUAAAGACAUACAAUCAACUCAAGCAGCACUUGGGGGGGGGCCCCCAGUGUUUGGGGGCCUCCCCUGUACUCUAGAGACAGCCAGUGCCUUUUUUAGGAGGGGGCCCCUGCUGCUGAUGGAGGGGGGCCCCCUCACUGCAGGGUGUGCCUGGAGGCGCUGCAGCAGCUGCGGGUCAGUGGCUUUCGAGGCAGCAGCUGCUGCAGCAACAGCAGCGAGAGCAGCUGGAGCAGCAAAAGCAGCAACAGCAGCAGCAGCAGCAACAGCAGCAACAGCAGCAACAGCAGCAGCAAUUGAAGCAACUGGAGCGAGCGCAGCUCAUGCUUUGCUUGAGUGGCGGCUGGGAGAACAGCAGCUGCGCAUUGCAUGGGGAGCAAAGCACUUCGCCGUGAUGCUGGAGUUUCCUUUCAGGGCCCUAGCGGGCAGAGUGCAUCUCCUUGCUGCUGCUGCUGCUGCUCCUGCCGCUGCUGCCGCUAGUGCCGUUGAGACGCAGGAGGCGGACGGCUCCCAAAGCAGCAGCAGCAGCAGCAGCAAAAGCAGCAGAGACAAGAACAGCAGCAGCAACGACAAAGGAUGCUUCUUGCUGCUUUGCCCGCAGCACCCACCCCGCGUCACCGUUAUGGAGAUGCAAGCAGCUAGCCAAGGCGACAAUCGUUGCGGGGGCCCCUCUGGGGGCCCCCUUUGGGAACCUGCUGGGGGCCCCCCUGAGGACCAUUCUGAAGUCCCCAUUUGGAACCCCUCUGAGAACCCACAAGAUGCAAAGACGUCUUCUGGUUCCCACUUAAAUAAACACGGAAAGGAAGAAGCAGCUCCGGCGGCAGCAGAAGCUUCAGCUAGAGCAGCAGCAGCAGCCGCAUCAGCAGAAGCUGCAGCAGCCUUGUUGCUGGCUGGAGACGAGGAGUUGCUGCCGCCAUUCCGCUGCUUUCGAUUCGGCGCAGGAGCUCCGGGGCCCCGCGGUAGCCUGGUGGUCUACUGUCCGCUGCUGCAGCGGCUGACGGACUGUCCCGACUUGCUGCUGCAGCUCCCGGCUGCUGCUGCUGCUGCAGCUUCUGUUGAAGACCCUACUGGCCAGUGUAGCGCAGCAGCAAAAUGCCAAGCAGCAGGAGGCUGGCUGGAAGAGCUUCGAAGACAGGGCCUCCUGGCCACAACAGUGCCUCAAGGGCCCCUCCAGGGGCCCCCAGGAAACCCCCAAAAGGGGGCUCCCAGGGUUUUUGUGACCGCAGAGCCUCCAGGCAGCGCAGCACAGCUAAGACUCAUUUCCGAAGCAGUGCUGCAUAGGAAUCCUUCUUUGCUGCGAAGCCUUCCCCUAGUGCAGGAAGUCAGCAAGCACUGGCUUGCUCAGCCUGUCGGUGAAAGAAACCCGCUCUGCGCCCACUGUCCUGCUGCUGCUGCUGCUGCAGCACGUGCAGCAGCAGUGGCAGCUGCUGCUGCAGCAGUGAAUCCUGGAAGAUCGAGCUGGAUUGGGCAACCGGAGUGCGCCGCCGCGGGAGCAGGAGCGCCUGCUGCGCCACGUGCAGCAAAUGCAGCAGCAGCAGCAGCAGCAACACCGCCAGAGGCCCUGCAACAGUGCGGCAAAGAGCCAUCAACAGCCCCCUCUGCAGCCCCGCUGCAGGAGCAGCAGCAGCUAGGAAGUGGCUCAGCCGCCUCUGUGAGUUCUGCUGGUUGGCCUUUGUGGGCAGAGCUGCAGCAGCUCCUCUCCAAGGGCAUCUUGCCAGCCCCCUGCCUAUUUGAAGCUGCAUCUUAUGGGGCGCCUAGUGUGCCUGGGGGGCCCCAAGGGCCCCAAGAGGGCCCCUGCGGCUACCUUCCGGUUUGGAGUCCUCAAGAGCACUCUUCCGGGCUGCCCGGUUCGUGCUGCAGCCCCCUUAGUUGGCCCCCAGAUGCCCCCCUGGCAGUGCCUGUGACUCGGGGGCCCCCUUUGGGGGCCCCCCGGCCACUUUGUAUGGUUUUGGCUGAUCCUGCAGAAGACGCCCAGAAGGUCCGCGAAGGGCUGAGAGCUUUGGCUGUAGAAGCAGCUGUGGGGUAUUCACCUAUUUGGGGUGUAUCUCCAGCUCAGCGGCUUUGCGAAUUUCUGCGGAAUGAACAGUAA